AGCUGUAUUGCAGCUCAACUCAAUGUUAUUGUGAAAAUAGAUUUUGUUAUUUCUGGUCGAACAUUGGGUAAAAUUUAGUUCUGUUCUGUUGCUCAAUUUGACUUUAAAAGUUCUGUUCACUUUUCGGAUAUAUUUUUGAAUGUCAACCCAGUUUUUGUUUUUAGUGCUGAUUUUCGGAUGCUGAUUAACUUAGUAGUGCAUCUUCGAUUGUCUUUUCGAUGUGCUUUUUCAUGCAGUGGAUCAGCACAUCUUCGAUUUUGAAAUCUGUUUCUUGCAAUGGGCGCCAAGCAAAGCACGAACAACAACAGUACAAGAGAUCAACCUGGCUCCAAUGCAUCCCCAAUGGCUAGUACAUCAGGGGGUUCUAGUGGCCUUGGAUUAUUAAAUCUAAGGCAAAGAGACGGUGGUGCAACUGGCUCUGACUCGAGACAGCGAGCAAGGAGCUUAUCUAAUGUUUUGAAUGGACACUCCGGACAGCCUAUAAGUAUAUCACCCCAGCAUGGGGCAUUUGAUAUUUCAGAAUCACCUGAACCAGACAGGAGUAAUUUACCUGUGGAAAUACCUAUUAGUAGGGUUUAUGCCGCCCAUUCGUUGCCUGUGCAUCUGGUAUCGUUUAAUGGAAUCAAGUGCCCAGUAUGUUCAAAAUUUGUGCCACCAGACGAUGUAGAGUGCCAUUUAGUUAUGUGUCUUACAAAGCCAAGAAUAAUAUAUAAUGAAGACGUUUUAAUUGAAGAUAAAGGAGAAUGUGUUAUAUGUCUAGAUGAUUUAACUCAGGGGGAUACAAUAGCCAGGUUACCUUGCUUGUGUAUAUAUCAUAAAACUUGUAUAGACGCCUGGUUCAAAGUGAAUCGCUCCUGCCCUGAGCACCCCCUUGAUUGAUAUGUUUGUGUGUGAACUUAUAGAUGCAUCUGUGAUCCAUGGCUGUGUAUAUCAUGUUUAGAACAUCAAGUUUAUGCUUUUUGUUUAACUGUUUGUGGCUAGGUGUUUGUUCCGAGAAAUGAACUGCAACACUCACUGUUGACUGUUUUUUGUAGCCUUACAAGUGUGCUUAUUUGUAAAAUUUCACAACUUUUAUCAAGCAGUAGUUGAGUGUAAAUGAAGAGACGGAAUGUGAACUUAUGUGCAAAUACAGUUGACAAAUUUCUAGCCUCCUGGAACUCGUUUAUUCAAAUGUGCAAGGUGUCCUAAAACUGACUGAUGAUGAAAAAAAAAAAUUUCAUUUAAUGAAAACCGGAAGGAGAUAGAAAUGUAUGAUUUACUACUUUUUGAUUAGGAAAUUCUCCCAAAUUUUAAAAAUUAGUUACAAAGUUUGUCAACAGGUGAUGCUGCCUACUGAAAAAACUAUGAAGCAAUAUUUUCAAAAUUAUCAUUAUUUGCAGCUACAUAAUAGCACAGUUUAAACACAAAAUUAAUGAUAAUCGUGCAAAUAAUUUAGUUUGAAGGGCCUGCAGUGAAAGAGAAGCAUAUUUUUUUGAAGUUUUUUCAGUUUAAGUGUGCCUUUUGAUGAAAAAAUCUAUAGACAAUUCCAUCAUUUAUAAAUGUCAUUUUUGCAGGCUUUAAUUAAAAGUAUGUUAAAGUUAAAAAAUUUAAAGAGUUUAGUAAUUUAUGUUAAAUUAUCGUUUGGUGUCAUUUACACCUAGUUAAAUUUUUGUAACUAUUAUAAGUUUAAAGGUUUAUUUUAAAAAAAAUUUAAAACUGGCUGUUAAUUAUGUAACAUAUUGUGGUAAGUCUGUAUCAGCCAGUUUCCUAUUUUUUUUAAAAAAAUUUACGUUUCUAAAUGUUAAUAUAAAUGACACCAAGAAUAUAUGAAUAAAUGACACCAAUAAUAUAUAUAAAUAAAUGACACCAAGAAUUGUUUUUGCAAUAACUGCCAGUUUUUUUGUAAAAAAAAUUUAUAUGCCAUUAAAAUAUGGAAGUAUGGCACUCUUAAAUAAUAGAACUGCUUCUGUGCGUCUAAUUUUAAAACUUGGUGAAAAUAAAUCUUUUAAAUUCUAAUGCUACAUAUUGUGCGACGUCUGUAAAAGCCAGUUAUUGAUGUUGGAAAAGAUUUUAUUAUUUUAAAUGUUAUUAAAACUUAAAGUGCAAAAGGCACCUAGAGUCAUUUUAACAAAAAUUUUUGGAACUGCUCAAUUUUUAUUUUUGAUGUACGCACGCUUAAAAUCUGCAAGUGUAACAUUCAUAAACGGUACAAUUGCUUCUUUGUAGUUCUUUUGAAACUAUUUUUUACUUUUGGAGAAAAUAAAUUCUCUGGUUUUCUAUCCAAAAAGCUGCAAGCUGUCAAUUUCUGUCUUCUUCCUAUUUUCUUUUUAAAUCGUCUGUAUUUUUUAGGACACUCAAAUAGGUGUAAACAAAUUGUUAUAUAUAGCAUGACUCACUUGGCUUUGAUAUUUCUUGUAUAAACAAAAACAAAAAAAAACUUUAUAAAAUAAAUAUGUGACAUGUUUUUUUAAACAAAAGAAACUAAAAGCAACGACUUUAAACGCCCUGAAUCGACAAAUACUCUUUCAUAAUAUGGCACUAAAUUAGGGAUAUCUUAGCAAAACUAAAUUGAUAUAUUUAUAUUUAAAAUUAUAAUUAUUAUUUUAUGCAUACAUGAAUUGAUUAUUUAUUUUUCCACAAAGUAUUUUUUUGUGCAGUGGCCAAUUUUCCAAUACUUUUAUAACCUAUGGUGUUAUAAAACAUUUUAUCUUGACUUGUAGUUUUUCUGGAAGAAAAAAAAUGAUAAAAGGUACUAGCAACAACGCAUAAAAAUUUUAAGUUAAUUCUGUUUCAUAAUAUGGCACUAAAUUAGCAAUGGCUUAGAAAAAAAUAGUCAUAUUUACAUUUAAAAUAUAUUAUUUAUUGUUGUGUAACAACAUUUUCUGAUACUUAAACAAUAACAGGUGUUAUGAUAUAUUUGUAAUUCAUAAAAUAUAAUUUUGUAUCAAAAUUUUUACCAUAAAUUUAUGUAUCAAAAGUUUUUUUUUUUUUGAAUUUUAUUUUUAAACAUGAUUUAGAUUAAAAGUAACAGAUAAUAACGAACCAUAACACCAUAUUAUUGAAUAUUAACCAUUUUCAUGAGUGACUUUGCAAAAGUUUUUGCUUAUGGUAUUUUGCAAAAAGUUAAAGGAUAAAUCCUGUUAUACUGGUCUGCUUGGCUUAUUGCAUCACUUGUAAACCAACUGUUAAAUGUUAUAACAUGUUCUCCUUAAAUUUUAUCUUCUCUUAAGUAAAAAAAUUAGUUUUGUAUUACUUAUAAUUAGGGCCCUACAAAUUGUGCUACGAUACUGAAAUCUGCAUAACUGCCAGCAUUAUAUCUUUAUUUCUCAUUUUCCUCAAAAUGUCUUUGUCGGCCAAAUAAAGUUGUUUUUAUUUCCCCUUAACCCUAUGCACUAUCACUUUUUCCAAUUCUGAGAAACAUGAAAGGCUUAAAUGUUUCAUAAAAACAUGCAAAUUAGGAAAAAAUUCUAAUUUUUUUUUUUAAAUUAAGUAAUGUAAACAGGGCUCAAAAUUAAUGGUAGUUUGUUAAUCCUCGAGUUGGUCCUUCACAAAAUAAUUUUGAGCAGUCCCCAAAUCAGCAAUCAAUGUAAAAGAUUUUUUUUCCUUCUUUUUUUUAAAAAAUGGUUAUGUUUUGGGCAGUGUUUUAUCACAAAUCAGUAUAAUUCAAUAUGAUUGUGACAUUAUCCAUUUUCUGUAUUGUAAUUUUUUAUUUAAACUGACUACAUUGCCUUUUUUUAAUAAAAAAAUCUGUUAGAGGCAUUAUAAACUCACCAGUGAUAAUGUGUAUGGGCUAUUAAUAUUUUUUAGAAAUUGGUCAAUCAAACUUAAAACUAAAUUUUAUUAAAACUUCUGUUUUUAACAACUUAUUUUUGACUAUCUCCAGUAACUAAUUUAAAUUCUUUCUCUCACAUUUGAAAAAGUUUAAUUGAAAUUUUCCUUUUUUUUUUUUGCAAUCUAUCUGCAUAAAUUUGAAAAGUCGGCGUAUAUUUUUCACAUGAUUUUUAAAAUACUACUACAUAAUUUAUGGGGCCCUUCCUAUAAUUUUAUUAAUGUCUCAAUUUUUUAUUCAAUUUUCAUAACUCUAAUAUCUGAGCAGCUGAUAAUAUUGCUCGAAAGGUUUGAUGCUUUGUUUUUAUCACUUUCUGUUAUUCCAUUUGAAACUAAAAAUAUAAAUAAACAGAAAGUUUCUAUGAUUUUUUUUUUAAAUUCAAUUUUCAUAAUUAUAUUUUUUACAAAGCUAAAUUACUAAAUUGUAAAAUUCGUGAUUUGUUUUCUUUAAAUUAUUCCCUUUUUUAGAAAGUUUUAAAAAAAUUCAGUGCUUUUUUUUAUAAUUUUGUUUUCUGGGUAGCUAAUAUUUAUAUUUUAGAGUUGUCCAAUACUGAAAUGACAGAUUUAUUUUCUAAUUUAAACUUUCUGUUAUUGUUUCAAUAUUAAAAUAAAUUGAUAAUAUGUGCUUUACUUUAUGACUUUUAAAAUUAUGUAGAUAUAUGUGUGAUUUAUUUAUCUUAUAUUUUCAAAAAAAUGAAGUUGUUAUUUAUUGCUAAUUAAUGCCAUAUCUUUUAUAACUAAUUGAAAACAUUGACUGAAAAGCGCCAAAUAUGUGACAUUUGUCUUCUAUCGGAGAUAGUACUAAUUAUUUUUAGAGUGCCAGUGCAAUUUAUAUAACUAAGUAUAAAAAAAAUAUUAACUGUCUGUUAUGCUGAUUUGUAUUUAAAAAAUUCUUGGUCUUACCAGAAAAAAAAAUUCAAGUAUAACUUUAAUUUUAUAAAAGUAUUUUUUUUUUAGUUACAUAUUUGUUUCCGUUUUAUAAAAUUUGAUUGAGAAGUUUACAUAAUGUUAAUCGUUUAUAAAAUUAAUUGCAUUUUUAAACAGUUAUUAUUUAGUUAUUAUCUUAGUUUCAUUUAUUACCUUGAAUUGAUUUUUAUCAAUAUAUUAUUCUAAUUAAUUUCAGCAUAUCUAUUUUUUUAAAUCCUGGAUUACUUAUCCUGUUAUAAAUGGAAAUGUAGGAAUGCCACCAAGUGCUUCACAUUUUCCGUAAUUUUUAUGAAUUUUAGUUCCAGAUGUACAAUAUGGAGAUAUUUUAAAAACUUAUGUUUCCUAAUUUACUCAGGAAAUAUUUUGAAAACUGUUUUUAAUUCCCUGAUUUGCUGAGAAAAUGUUUUAGAAACUACUUAUAAUUAACUUAUUUGUGUUUCUUAUUUUUACAUUUUUUUUUCAAUUUUAUUUUUAGGAACUUUUAACGUAUUUUUUUGAAAAUCAAAUUUGUAUUACUUUUAGCCGUUUAAGGAAAAAUGUUUAUCUUUUGUAUAUGAACAAACUUAUUUUGCUAAUACAUAAAUUUUAAGCAAUAUUUCUAAAAUACUCUUGUAAAAUCUAAUUAUUAAUCUUUAUACAAAUAAAUACAAAGUAUUUACUCUUGUUUAAGUCAACAACUAUUUUUCUGUCAGUCCAAGAAUUUUUAAAUCUUCUCUUUUGUGUUUUACAGGUUUAAAUUUUUGGAAGUUUCAUCAAACUUUUUUAAUUAUUCUCUUUUCAAUUUUGAAACAAAUCUUUAUUACAAAAUUAACCCUAAAUUGAAACUUUUAUGAAAUAGGUUUUCAACUUUCUUCUGGGAACAAAAUAAGAAAUAAAAAUUAUUUUUCAGUUUUGUAACUAUUUUAUAAAUUGUUCUAAAUUCUCAAUAAAAUACAACAGAACAGUUUCAA